AUGAAAUUACCACCUGGACUUAUGCUGGCUGGCUCAGCUAGCACUCCGCGGGGCCGCUCGCUCACCACACAGCGCGCGAUUGGCCCCGGCGGGGUGAUAGCCGUCUUUGACGAGCCCAGCAUCACGAUUCCGAGUUCGCCAUGCCUCCAUCUGACAUGCAACUACUGUUUGGCCGGACCCGAAGUCCCCGUUCGUGCCUGCACUGGCUGCCGCACGGCGACUUAUUGUAGCCCGGUAUGCCAGAAAGCAGACUGGAAACUCGUGCACAAGGGUGAAUGCAAGGUCUUCAAGCGCGUAAAGGCAGAGGGCCACGACUUUCUUCCCACUGGAGUACGAGCUCUGGUACACAUGCUCUUGAGGACAGAUAUGGCGGCUGCAGUUCAGGAGAUGGAGGCACACACUGAAGGGUUUCGCGCCCAGAAAGAGGAGUGGCGGGACAUGGAACUCCAAGCCCUGGCGGCGAUGCACUACCUCGGACGGGAAGCGAGCCCACAGAGCGUCAACGAGGCAAUAGAUUUGCUUUGCAAGCUCCAAGUCAACUCGUUCAACAGAGAAGACGAAGACACUGGGGAUUCAGGGAUCUUCGUCAACCCGGCGCUAGCUAUGGUGAACCACUCAUGUGUACCGAACGCUUUCGUUAAGUUCGCAGGCAGAAAAGCUUCUCUUCAUGCCUACAGAGCUAUCAAGGAGGGCGAAGAGGUCGAAAUCUCUUAUAUAGAACUCAACCUCUGCAGUCUUAACUCGGAUCUAAGCACACUUCGCAACAACCCUAGUCAAGGACUACUCUCAUCCAACAAGGAUUUGGCAAGGCUUCUCGAGGAGAUCUACCCCCUCUGUUCUACACGCCUCAGCAGCUCAGAAACUUCCGAAAACCCGACUGCAGUCAUCCGGAAAAAGUGGCAACUUUGCGAACCGCUCCGCGCUGCGCAGCUUUUCGCGAUAGAACCUCUGCCCCAAGUCAUGGGAGAAGCGAGCAUAGUUCUCGGCGAGCGCGAAGAUCACCCCUUUGCAUUGGCUAUCUGUUGCUUCUUGGCUAUAACCAGCGAUGCGUUCAAAUACCCAUUGCCCUUCAGCCCCUCAAGGCUAACGGGGCUGCUCAUGAUAGCCAACCUUUUGAGCAACACAGCACCGAUUUCUGGCUCGAAAGUGCCAGCCGCGACCGGCUCACUGAGGGAAAGAAUCGUGCAGGCUCUCAGUGAGAUGGAUCAGGCCACCAUGACACAGGCUAUCCUGGCCAUUUUCGUGCGAUGGGCGCCAAUGUUUCACACGGAGGAUUCGCAGGCCUUCCAAGAAGGCAGCUUUCAGCUCAGGGAUAUAGAAAGCCUUCGUGGACGUCAGAAAGAGAGGGAGCUCAUCAGACGAUGGGCGCGUGAUCAUAAUGAUGCGGAGGCGCAGAUGUUCUUCGAGUAUGCUGUUCAGAAGCCAGUCGACAAGUUGGCCAGCUUCGCUCUAGAGAUCAUGGACGCGGAGUUUGGGCCCGGACAGGCCCUUCUGACGAGCAGAUAA